UUGCUCUCGUUCAUUCGUUUUGGGCUUGCUUUGCUUGCUUGUUGAAGGAGUAAAUGAGCUUGAGGCGCUUUAUUGCGAUUAAAAUUAAUUUUUAUUUAAUUUUAUAUGAAUUAAAUUAAUGUGUUACAUAUUCAAUUCUAUCGUAUUAUGAAGAAUGGAAUGUACACAUUUAUUAGAUAACGUCAAGGUGGAUGAUUUCAACGUUGAGGACACGACGAUCACAAAGAACUUCAAUUGUUCAGAAUGCGCAGUAGAAGAUCAGAACUGGUUGUGCCUGCAAUGCGGGGUAGUGAACUGUGGCCGAUAUAUCAAUGGGCAUGCGAAGCUGCAUGCUGAAACUCUUGAUCACCAGCUUUGUAUGAGCUGUGAUGUAUAUUCCGUUUACUGUUACAAAUGUGAUGACUAUGUAUCAAAUGAUUUGGAAUAUAACCCAAUAGAAAAAAUAAGGCAAAGUAUUAUGCAACUAAGGAGGCAACAUGACAUACAAACAAAUGGUAAUAUAGAACAAAGUGAAGAUAAUAGCAAGGAUGGCAGUGAGGGUGGUAACAGCAGUGUCUCAAACACUUCUUUUAUUGAAAAACCCUUGUCCAAUGGCAGCGGUGAUGAUUCAAGACCUGCUCAAAGUAUGCCCAUGAUAUCAUUUGGUGAUUUACCCACACUUGAAUCCAGUGAAAAUAAGCCUUCAAAAAGUAUUAAGAAUGCAGAGGAACCAGUACGUAGUCUAAGGCCUCGUUCUCGUAAGAGAACACAUUCGGACGACAGCAGCUCCACCGAGAACAACACAACACAAGUACCUAGAAGUAAAGAAAAGAAAUCAUCACCAUGUAACGGCAAAACUCUACGGGAAAAGAAAAUUGUAGGAUUAAAGAAUUUAGGCAAUACAUGUUUCAUGAAUGCAGUACUACAAAGUCUUAAUAAUAUACAGGAGUUUAGUUGCUAUUUUAGUCAGCUGCCAUCUUUAGAAAUUAAGACAAACGGACGGAAGGUGUAUCAUUCAAGAAGUUAUACACGGCAGGAAAUGCAUGAUGUUGUUAUGGCUGAGGAACUGAGAAAGGUGUUAAUAAACCUGAACAGCGGGUGCGGUUCCAAGGGAGCUAUAUCUCCGGAAUGCUUAUUCCUUGUCAUUUGGAAGGUGGUGCCUCGGUUCAGAGGGUACCAACAGCAGGAUGCACAUGAAUUCUUGCGUUAUAUGUUAGACAGACUGCACACGGAGUUGCAGCAGCUGCUGCCGGGCGAGCGCGCCGCCUCCGCCUCCAUCGUCACGGCCGUGUUCGGCGGCACGCUGCAGAGCGAGGUUCGGUGUCUGGCGUGUGGUACGGACAGCAAGAAGUUUGAUCCGUUCCUGGAUCUAUCUUUAGAACUACCGGAGACAGGACGACAUGACGCACCUGUUUCCCUUACCGACUGCUUGGCUAGCUUCGUACAGGUUGAAGAGUUAGCAGACACGGAACGCUACUUUUGCAGCAGUUGUAAAUGCAAACAGAAGUCGACAAAACAAUUCUGGAUACGACGACUUCCGAACGUACUUUGUUUACACCUCAAGAGAUUCCGGUGGCAUAAUUACUUUAGGACUAAGGUGGACACGAGCAUAUCGUUCCCGCUGCGCUCGCUGGACAUGUCGGGCUUCGUGCUCAGCAACGUGCCCGACACGCGCCGCUCGGGGCUCGGGAACAACCUGUACGACCUCGCCGCGGUCAUCGUGCAUCAUGGAUCCGGGGCUGGUUCGGGUCAUUACACCGCUUUCGCGAUCAACGAGGAGCAGUGGUUCCACUUCAACGACCAGACGGUCCGCGCGGCGGAGGCGGCGGCCGUGGCGGGCUGCAAGCCCUACAUCCUGUUCUACAUCCGCCGCGAGCUCAACCUGCCGCGCGCGCAGCCCACGUGACCCGCGCGGCCCGCCUGACGCCCGCCCGCCUGACCCCCGCCCGCCUGACCCACGUGACCCGCCACACUCCCGCGCCGCAUAGUGCGGCUUAGGAUCUUGGUGUACCUAUUUAAAAAGUUAAAUAUCUCAGUAUUGAAAAAAAAAGAACAAAAAUGACCGUUAUCAUUAUUAUUGACUUGACAUUUUUUGGCUUCUGGUUAUCGCGAUUAUCUGUGCUUUUAUAUUGUUUUUACUAUACGCAGUGAGAAGGAAGGGAGCUGUUUGACGUAAGUCAAACGUUUAGGUAGAAAAAAUAUUCCAACCCCUGCCGGCCUGGCUUGUCACUCAAAUCUUGUUGGGCCUCUAUGUACUACAAACUAUGCGAAUACAAACAAUACUUUCAACGACACUCCAAAAGUAGGCCUUAUUGUAGAUAUAACUAGGUCAAUACUUCGACAAAACCAUUGAGUAUUUACUUCAUCUUUUAGAAACAUGUUUUGAGUGUGGGGAUGAGUAUGUGUGAUAAUAUAUUGCAGUGAUUAGAAAAUGUAUUCGAAAAUGAAAUCAUGUAAUAAUAUAUUUUUCCUGAUUAUUUAACUUAUUGGAAUAUUAAAAGUUCUUACUGCCGUGGCAUUCCUGUGUGUAUCAUUGAGCAGGACUCAAUCGUUUUGUACGUUUACAAUCGCAUAGAUUCAUAUAAUGUUAGCUCUGAGAUGAGAAAGGACGUACCUUGCAUGAGAAGUACCUAUAUUAGAAUUGUAGUGAAUUCAAAAUAUUAUAGCUAUUAUCAUAUACACAAAACUUUGUUAAAUAUUUUCUAAAUACGACUUUUUUCACUACGCAGUUUUUCAAAUAUAUUUGUCGACUUUGUAAUGUUAAUGUAUAUCUUAUAAAGUUUCCAGUCGCCCGAAGCACGUUCUCGGCUCUAAUAGUGUUUUACAUUUUGCUAAUAGUACGCGAGUUGGCGCUGCAUUUAGGAAGGUCCUAGUAAGUCGACAGAUAUUGCUAUCGAUGGUCGAUCUAAGCGAACAAUAAGCGAAGCCACGGUCAACGUCAAUUGCUCAAGUGUCUAUAGAUUCAGCUUUGAACCACCCACAUCUAUCUGCAUUAACUUUGGGUACAUUAUCUGACCGUUGGUUCAUAUUACAACGUAUUUGCGUAAAAACGCACCUACCCAAAAUGCAACGCUAUCUCCCGCCCUAUAAACAGUUACAUCGAUAUUGAACUAAUCAUAAAACGUUUGAUGUUUGUUUGUGUAGACAAUAAUUAAGCUUGACUUUAGUGAAGAUUCGAUGUAACUUGAGUACUAUGUAGCACUAUAUUUGCCUAAUAUAGAAAAUUAAAAUAACAUUGAAUACUCAUAAAAAGUAUGCAGAUGUUAACAAAUCAAUAGAAUAUAUGGAUUUUGAG